AUGCACAUUUCUUCGUCAAUCCUCUUUAGCCUGUCGGCUAUGGCCAGUAUGGUCUCUGCCCACGGGAGCCACAGCAUUGCCCAGGAGCUGGCCGAACGCAAGGAGUUUCUCAAAAGCUCUGGCCUCAAGAGUGCCGACCUCAGCCACUGCGCAAAUAAGCUCAAGAGCCGGGGUCUGGACUCUACCAACGCUGCCCGCCGGGCUGCUCGUGUUCAGGAGAUUCGUAACCGUCGAGGCUUGAAGAAGCGCGACCUCGACUCGGUCUUGGCCGCCUCGCACAACGAGACGAGCCUUGGUUACACACCCAACACUGAUGCCGCAACUCUAUUUGGGCAGGACUCUGCUUGUAUCAUGAUGCCCCAGGUCACACAAGGGCCGUACUGCAAGUACCCCCAGCAUGUUGGCGGCGAGCUCAUCCGCAGCGACAUUACCGAAGACCAAGCGGGUAUCGACCUGUACCUGGACCUCCAAGUCAUUGACGUGAACACGUGCGAGCCGCACCCCGACUUGUGGCUCGAGAUCUGGCACUGCAACUCGACGGGCGUCUACUCGGGCAUCAUUGCCGACGGCAACGGCGACACCAACGACACGGCCAACAUCAACACGACCUGGCUGCGCGGCAUCACCCAGACCGACGCCGACGGCGUGGCCGAGUUCAGCACCAUCUUCCCGGGCCACUACACGGGACGCGCCACCCAUAUUCACACCUUUAUUCACCAAAACGCCACCUUGUUCCCCAACGGGACGCUGGGCAACAAUCACAUCCAGACGAGCCACGUUGGCCAGGGCUUCUUUGACCAGACGCUCAUUGCCGCCGUUGAGGCCAACGCGCCGUACAGUACCAACACCCAGACGCUGACCACCAAUGCCGAAGACAGUAUCCUAGCUACCGAGGCGGCCGAUAUCGACCCCUUUUUCGAAUAUACCCUGUUGGGCGAUUCGAUUGCCGAUGGCCUGUUUGCUUGGAUGUCCUACGGUAUCAACAGCACCUAUAUUGAGAAUAUCGUCCCAGCUGCCUUUCACUAUGCCGACGGCGGUGCACUUAACCCAGACUCAGCUCAGUCUGUCUGGUUUCCCGCUCCUACUCCUAUCAACUCUUGA